AUGGCUUCCUACCUCCCCGACACCAUCACUGCGCCCAUAAUGAGGAGUACCGACUAUCUCAAGAGUACAAUCGGUGGUUUGACUUGGGGCCCAGCUCUUUCUGUCUCAAAAGCUGCUGUCACUUCAUUGUUCGGACGAAUUGAGCGUGGUACACUUCUCGUUACCGAUGCCGAAACUGGAAAAACAAUAUGUUAUGGGGCCAAGAUUGCAAAGGAAAAUAAGGCCAAUGGAGUAAAUGGCGUGAACGGACAUCAUAACUCGCGCAAAGCUGGUGCAGCAAGAAAGAUAGAAUUGAGAGUUACCAAUCAAGCAUUUUGGGUGCGCCUCUUUCUGUUUGCCGACAUGGGUUUCGCGGAGGCAUAUAUGCUGGGAGAAGUCGAGUGUGACGACUUGACUGGAUUCUUCGAGCUUUUUAUCCAAAAUCGUAAUCAACUGGCAAAUGCCACAACUCUAACCUCCUCCAUCGCCGCCACUAUUACAGGACUCGCCAGGAGUACUAACACCCUGUCCAAUUCUCUCCUCAACGUCUCCGCGCAUUACGAUAUUUCCAAUGAAAUGUUCGCUGCAUUCCUUUCCGAAGAUAUGACAUAUUCAUGCCCAAUAUGGAAAUCGAUUUCCAGCGCUUCAUCCGGAUUUGAAGAGGAAACACUUGAAGAAGCGCAGAGAACGAAACUCGAUCGGUUUAUAGGCGGGGCAAAAAUAAAACCCUCGGAUCAUGUAUUAGAGAUUGGUACUGGAUGGGGCUCAUUUGCCAUUCAAGCCGUUAAACGAACAGGAUGUCGUGUGACAAGUUUGACCUUGUCCGUUGAACAAAAAGCCUUAGCCGAAAAGCGCAUUUUCGCAGCCGGCUUUGCGGAUAGGAUUGAAGUGAAACUCAUGGACUAUCGAGCACUACCCAUCCCAAAACAACCUUACGAUAAGAUAAUUUCCAUUGAGAUGCUCGAAGCUGUUGGGGCAGAAUAUCUGGAAACGUAUUUCUCCUGCAUCCAUCGAUUACUGAAACCAGAUGGAAUUGCUGUGUUCCAAUGCAUUACCAUGCCGGAGGGUCGAUAUGAGGCUUAUGCAAAGGGGGAGGAUUUCAUUCGAAAAUAUAUCUUCCCGGGUGGCCAUCUUCCUUCUAUUACACAAUUGAUUGAUAAUAUCACCAAAGCCUCAGAAGGAACAUUGGUUGUUGAAAAGGUGGAGAAUAUCGGAGGUCAUUAUGCGAAGACGUUGCGAUUAUGGAAAGAAAAGUUCUUGGCAAAUUUCGAGUCAAGGAUUAGACCUGCCUUAAUGGCGGAGCACAAGGAGAUGGGUGAGAGAGAGGUAGAAGUAUUCAAAAAGAAGUGGGAGUACUAUUUCACAUAUUGCGAGGCAGGUUUUGCAACAAAGACCCUUGGAGAUGCAAUAAUCACAGUGGGCAGAGAAGGAGCAUUGGAAUUGAUGGAUGGUAUUCCCCUAUAG